AGCCUCAGGAGACCGGGGACUCAGGACUGUUCUCUGCCUGCUUCUGUUCAUCAAGCUAGCUGAGCAUCUGUGACUCCAGCCAUGAGGACCCUCGCCCUCCUCGCUGCCCUUCUCCUGCUGGCCCUCCAGGCCCAGGCUGAGCCUCUCCCAGGACAUGCUGAGGAGGCCCCAGACCAGGAGCAGUCGGGAGAAGAGGACCAGACCCCAACCAUCUCCUUUACAGGGCUCGGGAACUCUGCUGAGGACACAGGUCUCAGGGCAGGCGUGGUCUGCCGCUGCAGAAGACCCAACUGCGGGUUCCUGGAGCGCACCGCAGGAGCCUGCAGACUCAAUGGCGUCUAUUACAGACUCUGCUGUCGCUGAGCUGAGCAUGGAGAACAACAGAGAAACAAGUCACAAGAAGCUUGGAGAUCUAGGAGGGAGCUGCUAUUUUACCUGGGCCCGGCAUCACUUUCCUUCCCCAACCCAAAUAAA